GUGGUCUACUCUCUCCACAACAUGUUGCGCUUCCUGGUGUUUGCUUCCCUGGUCCUGUGUGGACACAGUACCGAGGACGUUCCAGAAACUAACGCCCGCGUGGUUGGAGGGACUGAAGCCCGGAGGAACUCUUGGCCGUCUCAGAUUUCCCUCCAGUACCAGUCCGGAGGAUCAUGGUACCACACCUGUGGCGGGACCCUCAUCCGACGCAACUGGGUGAUGACUGCUGCUCACUGUGUGGACAGCCCCAUGACUUAUCGAGUGGUCGUCGGAGAUCACAACCUGAGCCAGAAUGACGGCACUGAGCAGUAUGUGAGCGUGCAGAAGAUCGUGUCACACCCCUACUGGAACAAGAACAACGUGGUUGCAGGCUAUGACAUCGCCCUGCUGCGCUUGGCCCAGAGUGUUACACUCAAUAACUAUGUCCAGCUGGGUGUUCUGCCCCAGGAGGGAACCAUCCUGGCUAACAACUCGCCCUGCUACAUCACAGGCUGGGGAAGAACCAGAACCAAUGGGCAGCUGUCCCAGACCCUGCAGCAGGCAUACCUGCCCAGCGUGGACUAUAGCAUCUGCUCCAGCUCCUCUUACUGGGGCUCCUCUGUGAAGAACACCAUGGUGUGUGCUGGUGGAGACGGAGUCCGCUCUGGAUGCCAGGGUGAUUCUGGGGGACCCCUCCACUGCAUGGUGAACGGCCAGUACGCUGUCCACGGAGUGACCAGCUUUGUGUCCAGCAUGGGUUGUAAUGUCUCCAGGAAGCCCACCGUCUUCACCCGUGUCUCUGCUUAUAUUUCCUGGAUGAAUAAUGUCAUUGCCUCCAACUGAACAUCUUCCCAAGUCCAGUGGCCUCCCCAAGAUGGUUCUUAGCUUUGCAAUGAGACCUGAAGUAAGCAAGGAGUUAGGGCUGGGAUUAUCGCUCGGUGGCUGGCCGGGCACUUGUCUAAUAUGUGCAAAGCCUUGGGCUCCAUCCCUAAUACUGCAACAGGGGCAGGGGGUGCUGCUGGUGUCUUGGAUCUCCAGUAUCUGGGGCAAAGGUGGGGGGUAAUGAAAAACAACUCAGAUUACUGAACCAGAUACAGAAAGGCAAAUAAAACUCAACGUGUUAUCAUAC